CAUAGAUCCAUCAUCAUGAGUUUAAGGAAUAUCCCUAGUACUGCAGGUAAGUAUUGGAAACAAAUGGUCAUUAAUGGAAGUGGAAGUGGAAGAAGAGGGUUUGCAUAUAAUGCACCAAAUUCUUCUUCAAUGGAGAAUACUGCUCAUUUACACCACCACCACCACGGUGACGAGGUCCCCAAGAAAAUAACAAGUUGGAGUUCUAAGAUGAAGGGGGAAUAUGCGCCGGUGUUUGUAGCUCUUGGAUUGAUAAUAAUGUCGACUACCUUUGGAUUACACACAGCUAUGCAACAACUUGGGAGGGCUCCCAACGUCUCCGUUAGGAAGUCUAGAAGAGAAACUAUUCCCGAGGUUACGGAACCUGAACGGGUACUUGAAGAUGCUGAUAAAUUUAUGAAGAAAUCUUUCUUUCGUAAAGUGGCUCAUGUUCAAGAUUAUGACCGCCAAGACCAAGUUCUUGAUCGUGAUCCCAUCCGUCCAGACGUUUUAGCCCGAAACCCUCGAGCCCAAACUCUUAAAGACGUUGGUGUCGUUGAUCCCAAACCCAACCCAUCACAUGAAUGAAUGAGAGGACAAGAU